CGUGCCCCGCGGUGUCAGGCGGAGGCGGGCGAGCUGGUUGCUAGGACUUGGCGAAGCGCACGUUCGCGCGCCCGUCUCGCUGUCAGUCAGCCUCGUCCAGGAUGGAGCCAGCUGCGUGGCAGGCCUCGCCAGUCCUGUCGGAGCAGCAGUCCCGCGACGUGGAGCUGGUGCUGGCCUAUGCCGCGCCUGUCCUGGACAAGCGCCAGACCUCGCGCCUCGUCAAGGAGGUGUCCGCCGCCCACCCGCUGCCCGCCCAGCCUCAUCUCAAGAGGGUGCGGCCCAGCCGGGCAGCCGAUAGCCCCCACGCACUGGAGAUGCUGUUGUGCCUGGCGGGCCCUGGCGCAGGACCGUGCUCCCUGGCCGAGCUGCUCCCGCACCCGGCGGUGGAUGCCAGUGGCCUGGGGCAGCCCUUCCUGGUGGCCGUGCCCGCCCGGCCGCCUCUGACCAGGGACCAGUUCGAAGAGGCCCGUACCCACUGGCCCACUUCCUUCCACGAAGACAAGCGGGUGACCAGCGCCCUGGCAGGGCAGCUCUUCUCAGCACAGGAAUGUGCCACCAUGCAGGGCCACAUGGAACGAGCCGUGCGGGCAGCCCAGCGAGCGUUGGCCCAGGGCCUGCGGGCCGUGGGUGCCGUGGUGGUGGACCCAGCCUUGGGCCGCGUGCUGGCCACAGGACAUGACUGCAGCUGUCCAGGCAACCCCCUGUUGCACGCUGUCAUGGUGUGCAUUGAUCUGGUGGCGCAGGGCCAGGGCCGGGGUGCCCACGACCUCACAGCCUACCCUUCCUGCUCCUUCUCCACGGCCCCGGCCACCGCCCGCGCAGGCUCCGUGCGCAAGCUGGAUGCAGCUGAGAACGAUGAGGACGGCCUACCAUACGUCUGUACCGGCUACGACCUGUACGUGACGCGCGAGCCAUGUGUCAUGUGCGCCAUGGCCCUGGUGCACUCCCGUAUCCAGCGAGUCUUCUACGGCGCGCCCUCGCCUGACGGUGCCCUGGGCACCCGCUUCCGAGUCCAUGCCCGGUCCGACCUCAACCACCGCUUCCAGGUGUUCCGCGGGGUGCUGGAGGCCCAGUGCCGCCAGCUGCACCCCGACACGUAGCCGCUGUGGAUGCAAGGAGCUUCUGUGUGCCCCACGCUGUGCGGGGGUGGCCGGGUCGCCUUGCAUGUGCAUUGUACUGCAGGUU